AUAGAUAUGUGAAGUUUGGCGUAUGUAAGAUAGUGAAGAGGAUUUGUAUGUUUUACAAAAUAACAUAAGAAUUAUGGCAGAAUAUGACUACCAGGGAAUGGCACAACACCAAGCAGCAGCGAUGGCCUCGGGUGGGAACUCCGCAUCCGGUAUCCAUCCUUCUAUGGCUCAGCUAUCGAUGUUACCAACAGGACUCAAUUUAUCAAUGAAUGCUGCUAAUCACUUGGUUGGUGCAGGACUACAGGGGUCACCCUUCGCAAAUAACAGUGGUUCCCAUCAUUUUCCUCAUAGUUCACAUCUCAUGACAGCUUAUCCAAGUGGUAGAAGUGGUGGCGGGAAGAUGAAGAAAAAGCCAAAGGUCAACAAAGAUGGCAUGCUUCCACCAAAACGUGCCACCACUGCAUAUAUUAAUUUCACUCAGUGGUAUAGAGAAGAGAUGAAGAAAUCGGGAAGACAGAUACCCAGGAUUGGUGAUUUUGGUAAAGAAUGUGCAGCCAAAUGGAAUUCUAUGUCAGAAGAAGAAAAGCAGCCUUUUCUUGAUGCUGCUAAUAAAGACAGAGAACGUUAUAGAAAAGAGAUGGCCAUCUACAAACCUGCUCGUGAUGCUAACAAACCCAAAAGACCAGGCACAGCAUUUAUGAUUUUUAUGAAAGAUUUUCGGAAGGAAAUGGCUGGAAGAGAGCCAGAGGGGGGUGUGGCAGCUUUAGCCAAAUUAGGAGGGGAGCGUUGGAGGAACAUGACUGAGGAAGAAAAACGACAUUAUGUUGAAAAACAGAAUGAAGCUAAAGUAGAAUAUGAACAGGUUAUGGAAGAAUAUCGUAGACAGCAAAGUGCUGAAAGUCAGCAAAUGGCUAAGCAGCCAAUGAUGAUGAUGAUGAUGCAGCAUGAAGAACAAGCCCGUACUGACACAGAUACCAAGGACACGGCUCGGUCUCCAUCAGGAAACUCUGCUUCAGCUUCACCGCCAAUUGCUAACUCAGUCAGUCCAGCACCUUCUGGUUCUUCUUCCAACAUGUCACCAGGUCUUUCUCCCAUGUCUUUGGCCCAGAUGACCCCAGCCCAUACUGCAGCUCUCCAGAUGGCCUAUGGUCAACCAUCAGUGGCUACUCUUCCCAAUUUCUCUCAUCUGGGAAACAUCCUGAAUACUCCUAUCAAUUAUACUCAGGCUCAUUCUGCUAACAGUUCACCAUACAUGGGUAACGGUAACAACAAUUACAACCAGUCACCGCAGUCUGGUCAAUACAGCUGGUCAUGAACAUCUCAUUAUGACAACUCUGAGGUUUAGAGGUCUCUACCAUAGAUGGGGACUGAGUUUAGUCUAACCUCUGUAGAGUGACACCUUGCUUCAGUGGUACAAGAUGGACUGGGAUUUCUUUGUUUGUUGGAUUUUUUACCUGUGAUGGUCUGGGCUGAUAUCCAUUGUAUUAUUUUUCAUUUAUAAUGUGCUGUUGAUGUGGCUAUUCUAUCUUAACUAAAGAUACAUUCUGUUUUCUAAUGCCUUUAUACAUACAUAUAUAUAUAUAUAUAUAUAUAUAUAUGUAUAAAUAUGUAAAGAUAGACUUCUUUUAUCUAAGUACUGAGGUUUUAUGGCAAAUGUAUGUAAUAUCCUUUUGUAUCCUUUUUUUCUUCUUCUUUUAACAUACUGUUGCUAUUCAAGAAACG